CCUUUCCUUCCGUAUUUCCCUGAACUUUGCCGUGAAUGUUUACAACCGUGUCUUCCCGCGUUUUGGCAGAACAGCAAGUUAGCGAGCGCCGGCGGCUGUAUGUGGCUCAUUAGUGAGUGUGGACGAUGAUUAAAACGGAGAGAGUGCUGCAUUUGAAGAGCUGCGUGGGGCGGAAGCUCCGAGUGGUCCGGGAACACUAUCUGAGAGAGCGGGUUCCCUGCUGCAGCUCACUGUGUCAGGCCGACUGUGUAAAUGAUGGAAAGCUGCUGCCUGGAGAUUUGACCCACUAUGUGGUGCCUGAUGUUGCUGUCGUGGUCGACUACUUGGAGAUCUUGGAGUUCAGAGAGCUGCAGGGCAUCAUCUUCACCCAGACUGCUUGCCAGGCUCUACAGAGCAAGAAUCGCAGGUAUUACAACCGGCUGCGAACCCUUGUCAAAGACCCUCGACACGACUGCGUGCUGUUUGCCAAUGAAUUUCAGAAGUACUCUUACUGUCCACGAGAGAAGGGUGAGAGCCAGGAAAAAUGGCAGACCAGGUGUGUGUACUCAGCUGCAGUGUGGUACUACAACCACCUGGCAGGAAUGAUGAAUAUAGUGAUGAUCACUGAGGAUCCCGAGGCCGUAGCUCAGUUCAGCAGCCUCACGUCUGGAGUGUACGUCAUCUCCGUCCAGGAUUAUUUGCAAAGCUUCUGGUCAGAUCUGCAGGCAGCCCAUGAACUGUUUAGCUCCAUUUCUCAGGCACAACAAGAGACAGAGGGCGACGAUGGGGAGAAAGAGUUUCCCGAACAUCUUCCCGCUGAAGUCCUGGAGGCUGGUAUAAAGUCUGAACGUUACAUUCAGGGUACACUGAAUGUUAACAAGCAUCGGGCACAGAAUGAGGCUUUCGUCAGGCCAAGGAACUUCUCAACCAAGAGCACAGAUCUGACUUGGGAUGUGCUUGUGUAUGGUCGAAAAAAUCGAAACAGAGCAGUGCAUGGGGACGAGGUUGUGGUGGAGUUGUUGCCCAAGAACGAGUGGAGAGGGAGGGAUACAGCCCUGACUGAUGGGGAUGAAAAAACUGGAGAAGACAGUGAGAGUACACCUCUGCCAACAGGUCGUAUUGUAGGGAUCCUGCAGAGGAACUGGAGAGACUACGUGGUAACUUUCCCCACUAGGGAUGGGAUUCAGUCCCAGAGCAGGAAUUCCCAGCGGAUACUGACCAUACCUUGGGACCAGCGUAUUCCUAAAAUCCGCAUCAGUACUCAACAGGCUGAAGCUCUGCAGGACCACAGAGUUGUGGUGCGCAUUGAUUCAUGGGAAAGCACGUCAUUCUAUCCCAACGGCCACAGUGUACGGGUUUUGGGUCGAGCUGGAGAGCUAGAGACUGAGGUCCAGACCAUCCUCCUAGAGAACUGCAUCCAUAUUCUUCCUUUCUCAGACGCACAGCUAAGAGAGAUGCCGGUAAACUCUCUGGAAAAGCCGUGGACGGUAGACCCCUCUGAGGUGGCAGAGCGGCGGGAUCUUAGGGACAAUCACCUGGUGUUCAGCAUUGACCCACGCGGCUGUGAAGAUGUAGACGACACGCUGUCUGUACGCAAGCUCCCCAACAGAAGGCUGGAGCUGGGAGUUCACAUUGCUGAUGUCACUCACUUUGUCAAAGAGGGCUCGCUCACAGACUUGGAGGCACGUUCAAGGGCUACAACCUACUACCUGGCAGACCGCAGGUACGACAUGUUGCCUGCUAUUCUCAGCGCAGACCUUUGCUCACUGCUGGGAGGUGCUGACAGGUAUGCAAUGAGCGUGCUAUGGGAGCUUGACGCAGAAUCCCUUGAAGUCCAAGAGGUCUGGUAUGGUCGUACACUCAUCCGCUCCUCCUAUCAGCUCCACUACGAGCUGGCUCAGGCGCUCCUCAACGGAGAACAGGUUGAGGUACCGGAACUGGCCGACCUUGGUCUUCAGGAAAAGGAUUCUAAGCUAGCUCAACUCACUGAGGCGCUUGAGAUGCUCACACAUGUAGCCAGACAUCUUCGGGCAAAGAGGGACAGAGGAGGAGCGCUGGAGCUGGAAGGAGUGGAGGUGGGUGCCCAGCUGGAUGAGGAGAGGAACAUUACAGCCCUGGUCCCUCGUCAGCCCCUGGAGGUCCAUGAGACCGUGGCAGAGUGCAUGAUUUACGCCAACCACUGGGUGGCCCGCAAGAUCCAGGAAGCUUUCCCCAACCAGGCCCUUCUAAGGCGUCACCCACCACCACAACAGGAGCUAUUCAACCAGCUGGUGAACACCGCAAAGGCCAAAGGUUUCACCAUUGAUACCAGGUCCAACAAGGCUUUAGCUGCCUCACUGGACCGAGCUGUGGACCCACAGGACCCCUUGGUGAACAGGUUAUUCAGAAUGAUGGCCACCACUGCUAUGUCACAGGCUCUGUACUUCUCCACUGGUGCUCAUCCUCGAGACCAAUACUACCAUUAUGGUCUGGCUCUGGAUCGCUACACACACUUUACCUCACCCAUCCGUCGGUACGCAGAUAUUGUCGUGCACCGCCUUCUUACCGCAGCCCUGGACAUGGAGAGGGGCGUUGUAUCUGGUAAAGCACCAGCCAGUAACAAAGAAGUGGAGGAAAUGGCUUACCAUAUCAACAGCAAGAACAGGGCAGCACAGGUAGCCCAAAUGCGAUCCACAGCACUGUUUCAGUGUCUGUUUUUCAAAGAAAGAGACCCUCAGACAGACCCGUGCUGUGUGGCUGACGCUGUUAUCUACUCCAUUCGAGACAACGGUGUAUUGGUGUUCAUCUCAGAGUAUGGUGUGAAGGGGCCUGUGUAUCUGAAGAACAAAGAGGGCCUGGUGGUGGUAGCGGGACAGGACGGCAGCUGUGAUUGGCAGGGUGGCACUGUGCGAAAAUACCCGGACCGCAUUACCACCACCUCCAGCUGUGGCACCUCCACCUUCAAACUGUUUGACCACAUCACCGUUCGUAUUUCUGUCCACUCUUCAACUUGCCACGCUGACCGUCUAAACCUCGAAGUCAUCAGCAACAAGCCUCACCACGGUGCCAAGUCCCAGCAGCCCAGCCCUCAGGGCCGCAGUCAGCUGGUCAAAGAGGUGGUGCGUCAGAAUGAAGAGGCGCUGGCUCAGGAGAAGACAGCCCGGCGCCCCAAACUCUCCAAAGAGGAAAGAGAGUUCCGUCAGAGCAAAACUCCCAGUCUGUACUCUAUUCUGGAAGAAAUCAGAGAGUUGGCUCUGAUGGAUCUGGAAAUGGCUUCACGCCUCCCGGCAACAACGGCAUAGAAACGCUGUAGCCCAGCUUUAGCUCCAAGCCAAGCAGUCACUUGUGAGAACUGCACAAUGUGCACUAACAGAACAGUGAUCAUUGAAGAUCACUCGUGCUGUGCCCAUUCAGGGAAGGAGUAAUCCAGGUCAUUCUUGUAGCUCCAGAUUGUGUUUGGACAAACCACAUGAGUGAGUGAAGUCACAGGAAAGCAAACACAAAAACAAUAUUAAGUAAAAACAUGUCCCGCGAUCUUUUUAGAAACCAGAGUCAAACCGAAUCAGAGUGGAUACAUUUUGUAAAAGUUAGUUUUUAAAAUCACAUCAAGUUAAACUUAGUUGUAAGGAGGAUAGGGAAGGUCUUAAUGCCAGUGAAGUGUCAGCAGUUAAUUUGACAAGACCUAGUGCUAACUGCAAAUGUGGUUCAAUCCUGCAGGCAACUAGUCAAACUACAACAGGUUAAAGUUGUCUGGUAACAAAUGGCUUUUUUCUCUCAGCAGCAGUGAUCUACUUUAAUAUCUCACUAGUGGGAUCAAUGGGGCUUGGCACCUACGAGAUUUCAAACUGACCUGCUAAAAAUAAAAUGUCUUGUUUUAUAGAACCAUUUUUGGUGAGUUCACACAUAUUGUACUACCUGUGACCACUUCAUACAAAACCCAGCACGAGUAUUGUUCUGGAGAUGAUAAAACGUCCACUCGUCCAUUUUCUUCCGCACAUCCUGGAAUCUGUCCCAGCUGUCAUAGGGUGAGAGACAGGAUACGCCCUGGACAGGUCACCAGACUGUCACGGGACUCUGAUAAAACUUCAAGUACUUUUUGCAGUGGGCCACAGUCAUGUGACCAUGUCACUCAUCAUUAGCAGAGACAUUAAAAUAAACACGUAUAGUAAUGAACACACCUGAACCUGGUUGUUUAGAUAUUGGAAGUGAUGUAUAAAACUAUGAUGUAUUUAUCUUAUAGUGUGUAUAUCAAGAGCCUGUAUAGAAGACACCAACACUAACAUUUUAAGGACAUUUUUAUUGUUUGAACUUAAACUGGUAAAUAAUCAGAACUGUUUUUUGGUUUGUGGAUUUUAAGAUUGUUUUCUAGAACUACCAACAGAAAUAUGAAAUGCACUUAACUAUUUCAAUAUGUGUGCAGUGGCCUGUAAUUAAAAAUGGUGUUUUCAUUGUGUUGUGUUUUCAUGUCCCUGCAGUAACCUAGAACAAACCAAGCAGUAGCUUAAGAAAGAACUGUUCAUAUUUGAACGAGCAUUUAAUGCUUGGAAGAGGGUGAUGGUCAGUUGACGGCAAUCUCACCUACAGCUCACAUACUACACACUGGGUUACAUACAUAGAGCCUUUAUGAAGAAACAUGUCUGCAACCGAAAUUCUGCCACUAGUGAAACUGGAGAAAGAAGAUACAUUAGAGCUGGAACUGUGGAUCAGUUGUUCAAAUAU